AAAUAAUAAUAAUUGCUUUUUCCAAACUCAAGUGUACGACUAUAGGAAUUAGGAACCCAGGAACCCAAUUCAGGUCCUCUUUCUUUCUCAACCAACCACAAACCCUAAAACCAUUAUUCUCUUUCUAAUCCCCUCUCACUUUUUUUUGGUGAAAGAAACAAUCCCUUCAUUCACCGGCGUUUCAUCAUUGCUUCACAACCAUUUAUCCUAGAACCCAAGUCUGACUCCUAGUACACUCAUCCCCAACUCGUUCCAAUUCCUUCAGCAACCGCGUGUUCUCUUAAACCCUCAAACUGCAACUGCGACGUGAAACAACAAAACUGACGAGGAAAGUUUCGUUUAGCGUUCAUUGACAAUGGCUAGAUGGGAUGCGAUUCUAUCUCUUCCUGUACAAAAUCCUCCCACCUUAGAAAUUUCUUCUGCCGAGAUAGUUUGGUCGAAAGUGGAAGGUUGGCAUGAUAAAUUAGAUAGAGUUGCCCUAAUCCCAUUUCCUAGAGUAGAUGAUUUCGUCAGGGGUGAAUCUAAUAAUAAAGAAUGUCCUACAAGAUUUCAUGUUGAAGCAAGACGUCGACGGGCUCCAUCGACGUCUUUCAAGCAAAAAGUUGAUGGCAUACUAGAGUAUAUUUUGUAUUGGUGUUCUUUUGGUCCAGAUGACCAUAGAAAAGGUGGAAUUGUACGACCAAGUCGAACUACAUAUGUUCCUAAGAAGAAAAAUGCUGGUAGACCAAAUACCAAGCGAGGUUGCACCUGUCACUUCAUUGUCAAACGUCUCAUAGCUGAACCUUCGGUAGCACUGAUCAUAUAUAAUGAUGAUAAGCAUGUGGACAAGAAGGGUUUGCCGUGCCACGGUCCACAGGAUAAAAAGGCUGCUGGAACACGUGCUAUGUUUGCCCCAUAUAUUUCAGAAGAUCUCCGACUUCGGGUUUUAUCUCUUCUAUAUGUUGGAGUCUCUGUGGAAACCAUUAUGCAAAGACACAAUGAAUCAGUUGAGAGACAAGGUGGUCCAUGUAACCGUGAUGACCUUUUGACUCACCGAUAUGUUCGACGUCAAGAGAGGGCGAUCCGUCGUUCUACUUAUGAGUUAGAUGCUGAUGACUCUGUUAGUAUCAGUAUGUGGGUUGAAAGCCACCAGAGUAAUGUUUUCUUUUAUGAAGAUUUCUCCGAAUCUGAUCCAUUCAUUUUGGGCAUUCAAACUGAGUGGCAGUUGCAACAAAUGAUUAAGUUUGGGAACCGUGGUCUACUUGCUUCUGAUUCAAGUUUUGGUACAAAUAAAUUGAAGUACCCUGUUCAUAGUCUUCUAGUGUUCAACUCAGACAAGAAGGCCAUUCCUGUGGCUUGGAUACUAACACCAAGGUUUUCAUGCUUGGAUGCACAUCGAUGGAUGAGGGCGCUGUAUAAUAGAGUUCACACAAAAGAUCCAACGUGGAAGCUCGCUGGCUUCAUAGUAGAUGAUCCACAUUAUGAUGUCCUAGCAAUCAGGGAUGUGUUUCAGUGCUCAAUAUUGAUAAGUUUCUGGCGGGUUCGACAUUUAUGGCAUAAAAACAUAAUAAAGCAUAUGGAAGCUGGUAUGCAAAUAAAGAUAUCCAAACGGCUUGGCUGGAUAAUGGAUAAUAUUUUCCGCCACCAAGGAACCGUGUCACUCUUUGAAGAUUUCGUGGAGGACUUCAUCGAUGAAUCCAAUUUUAUGGACUAUUUCAAGGCCACGUGGUAUCCUAGAAUGGGAGCAUGGGCUGAUGCACUUAGAACACUUCCUCUUGCUAGCGAGGAGUCUUGUGCAGCAAUGGAAUUUUACCACAACCAACUGAAGAUCAGGUUGUUGAAUGAGAAAGACAUCGAUGUUUAUCAGCGUGCUGAUUGGUUGGUUGACAAGCUAGGUACAAAAGUCCAUUCUUAUUUUUGGCUUGAUGAGUACUCAGAUAAAGAUGAUUUUGCACGAUAUUGGAAAAACGAAUGGACAAGUGGUUUGACACCAUGGCGCAAAGCACUGAAGAUUCCAGAUAUCAAUGUCUUAAUGGAAGACGGGUGUGCUAAGGUUACUGACGAGCAUGAUCAAGAUAAAGCUUAUAUUGUAUGUAACCCUGGUUCAAUGUUGAGCAUAUGUGAUUGUUGUUGGGCAAAAGAUGGCAACCUUUGUGAGCAUAUGUUGAAAGUUCUUAGUAUCUGCCGAAGUCAAGGCUCCGUUCAACCAUCUGUCAGCUUAUUUCAAUAUCACAGGGUGCUCAAUAGCAUGCUGCAUUGUCCACCUUUUGAUUCUUUAAUUCGUGAUCAUGCUGUGUCGUUGGCAGUUUCAGUUCAGAAGCAGUUAAACAUGCAGCUCGAUAAAGAAAGUCUUUGGACUUCUGUUGAUCCUAAUGAGAAACGGAUCAUUGUUGAUAUUCAUCAAGAGAGCUCUGCGGUAGCUUCACCAGCCCAUGAUCAAGCCUUAGUUUGUAAGAGGCUUGUCGGCGAUGGUAUUUCAUCUCGGGAUGAUGAUGAGUGUGUUGCUGGAGAUAACAAUUUACAUGAUGACAUGGAUGUUGACCCACCAUCAAUUUGUGUUCAUUCUUCUGGAUUGUACUCUGUUGAUGAAAAUGAGACAGUUUCAAGUAAUAACGCGCUAGAGAAAAAAAAGAUGGGUUUGACUACUAAAGGAAAUGAGAUUUCAUCCUCUGAAAAUGGCGCUGUUUUGAAUAAGAUUGAUGAAGAUAUUUGCAAGGAUAAUGUUAUGGAUGUGGAUCCCACACACUUAGACAUCCCCUCAACAAUGGAGGCAUCUGAAGCAUUGUGAAACAUUUCAGAAUGGUGUCAAUAAUGCUUCCAAAGCCACUUGAAAAUGCAGGAACAAUCGAGGAGGAUUUGAACUUGGAAUCAAAUACAUAAAAUAAGAGCAUGAAUGAAUACAGUGCCAAUAAAUUCAUCAGUUAGGCAAUUAAUUACUUUAAAAUCUCCAACCCUCAAUCAUUACAUGCCUAAUUCUAAAUACAAUUUUGGUAUGGUGAGGUUAUUAGAGCCUGCAGGAAGCUGUUGGUGGCACUGAAACUUUAUCAGAACAAUAGCUGAAUUGAUCUUCCUUAAACUACAAAUGGAUACUAUGUGUAUUCAAUUUUGUGUUAUAAAGUAACGAAAAUUUUGAGCUGAUUAGCUAAAUUUACUGUACCUAAUUACAUUGUAAAUACAUGGCCUCAUUCUUUAUAGAAUUAUUCUUAUAUAUUAAGGAC